AUGUGUGACUGGGAGGAAUUUCUCUUCACCUGCAACCACUCGAUUGUACGGCUGAAGUCGUACUGUCAUUUCGCUCGCAACGAUCCGAAUCACCAAUGCUUCGGUGUCAAGGUUCUCCGCAACUCGUGGCGACAAAGCGUGCCGUGCGAUAACUGCAUAUCG